AAAAAAAAAAACAGUCUCCUAAGCGGUGGUAGUGCGUGUCGCCCGCGUAUCGCGUCGAAACCACGCGGCCGCCCGUUCGCGUGGACCGCGGAGAAAAGACGUAACCGGAGCCGGUCAACAGGUCGCGCGUACACCCCGGACGAACCGGAGCUCGACCCGACACGGCUGAUCGACGGACGGACGCCGCGUGAUUCGCGUUCGUCGUGUGCCCGGAUCGACUCCGGAGCAACUCCCUGACCGACUCACACCGUCCGGUAGCCGGCAGCCAUGUCCUGGUUCUUUUCGACCGACGACGAUGACGAGGACGAGAGCCUGCUGUUCAGCCCGGCCCUCAUGGCCCGCAGGGCGAGCGAGAGCUGGAUCGACACGCCGCCAAUAGAGGAGGUACCCGUCCAGGUGGCGUUACAGCGCAAGAAGAGUUUGCCGGACGUGCAGGUACCGCCGAACGCGCCGGCGUCCAUCACCCGGGAAGAAGUGUCCGUGUUGAGUUCGGCCCGGAGGGAAGAGAUGCGCCGGGUCGAGGAGGAGAACGAACGGCUCCGGGCCAACCCGCUGCUCUAUCUAGUCAGUCCGCACAUGAAGGAUUGGUUCACGCGGCAACAGUUGGUUCUGGUGAUAUUGGUCGUCAACAUAUCGUUGGCGCUGAUGUUUUUCAAGCUCUUGACGUCUUAAAAAGCGGUUCGCCAAAUGGAUGGCUCCUGCACCCCCACGUACACACAUGCAUACACACGGAACAUAACAGUCGCGAUCGCGCGACACAGCGAUCUGCAUCCAGCCGCAAUCGACAAUACUAUAUUAUUAACGAUAAUAUAAAACAUAGUGUAAUAAUCAUAUAUAAUAAUAAUCAAACAAUACUGUUUUCGACCACGCGCUCGAUCCUAACAGUGGUUGAUUACAAUCUUGUCGCACGUCGAUGUCGCAUCGUCAUCGAAUAUUAUCAUUGCUAUUAAACACACAUGUUAUUAUAUCAUUGUUAUUGGAUAUCCAUAAUUUUAUCUUUAUAUUAUAUUAUUAUUAUUAUUAUUAUUAUUAUGAUUAUUAUAAUUAUUAUUACGACCAUCGAGUUCCGGACGAAACGCGGACCACCGCAGCCGAACUGCGCGUAGGUGCGCGUCCUCGUCCGGAAAACGUUCCAACACGUUUUGUUUUCGUUUCAA